AUGCCUUUCUGGGGCAAAGCCGAUGAGAUUGUCCGAGCUGCAAUAGCCAGAUGCGACGAAACACGCCGGUGUCACCUUGAGAACAUCCCUCCCGAGUUAAAGAAAGCCAUCCUUAGUUAUGCUGGUGGCAGCUCAGCCGUCAAUCUCGCUCUAACCGGACCCGUUCUGUAUCGUACGAUAAAAGACGAUGAGACUUACGCUGCUAAUGAGAUCGUCAGCGGCGAGGUCGGCUUGGACCUUCUACCACUUGCAAUCACGCGAAGAUGUGCAGAGACAGAACAACGACGAUACAGGGGGGUUCCGUGGGAUGCCCCGGCGCGCAUCAUGGCAGUAACAAAUUUGCUCAUCCGCGUUACACGAAAGCCCCUUACUCGCUCCAGGCUUAAUUUCUGCCUGAAGGAAGCUAAGGUGUUCUCAGACUUCCACUCGACAGCCUGUAGGUAUGCGCGAAUCUUUGCAAGCAAAGCCUUGCGUGAAGGUCCCCGUUCGCUUAAGCCCACAACACACCUACCUUCGGUACCCGACUAUGUGCUACGAGUCACGGAUGGGGAAAUGAAUCGCUUUAUCAAAGCGCUCUACAUAUUUCAGAUGGCAUGCGACCUAUUUCCCGAGCAUAUCGAGAGGCCGUUCUUGGCUGGGCGAGGCGAGGAUUUAUACGAAGCUGAAAAGUAUUUCUGGACGACCUUUCCACCGUGGGAACACCAACAGGUUCGCUGCGUCCAGGAUAUGAUGCACGAGCAUAUACGAGAUAUGGUAUCAUGCCUCCCUUCUAACGAGAUAAUCGGAAAGUUCGUCAUCAUGGAAGGCCUAAGUUCGGUGCAGAAGCUGAGUGACCAGGGGCGUAUCGAGGAAAAGCUCAGGGAGAUGGAAAAAGACGAUAAAAACGAAGAUUUAGAGGAAAAUAGAUCAGAAGCCUGGUUUUCUGAGACUGACGAGCCUUGGCUACUCUUCGACGUCGAAAACUAUGAAGUCACCAUGAAUACGAGAGAAAUCGUGGAGAGGAAUAAGGAUGUCGACCUGGGUCCGGUAGGAUCUUGGCUCCACACGCUCAUUCAGCGCCUUCUCUGGGACCCUAUGUUCCUACCUGGUAAAGAUGCAUAUUUUAAAUGCGAUAGUUGUAUGACACGGUGGGGUUACGUUUUUUGGGACCGUAACAAAAUCAGCUGGCAUGCGUAUGAUAAGAUGCCUAAGAUUGAGGAUAUGGUCAAGCUUUCCAAUGGAACCGUGUUCGACAGAAACAUCUUUAUGACCCCGCUUAACUUUACUGGGCGGCUCGUCGCAUUCUUACAAGCGAUCAAAACGAUGCCUUCGCAGCUUAGCGCCAAGAAGGCGGUCCGAGCCGCAACUAAAAGAGGCGAUGAGAACCGCCGCUCCAGAUUGGAGAACCUUGCCAACGAACUCCUCACCGCUAUCAUCGGGUGGAGCGACGCUGCAGAUACAAUUAACUUGGCCCUGACAGGCCCGGUUAUGUACCGAAAGAUAAAGUACAACGAGCUCUAUCUUUCUACUAAAAUAGCAAUCAAUCGGAUUGGUCUGGACCUUCUUUUGUUUGCCUCAUCACUCGUGGCCACCGAUUCCUGGCGCUUCUGGGAUUAUGACGCCGAUUACCCAGAGAUACAAUCCUCGUUUUCGACGUUCUUCAGCAAGAGUAUUACGGCUGGGCUAUCAUCGAAGAAACGGCCAUUUCCCCUUCGCGCGACUAAAAAGCUGCUCAGCUUCCACGAGACCAUCUGCUACUAUGCAUCGACUUUUGCGGCCUCGGCCAUACGUAAGGGCUAUUACCACGCCGAGACAGGAGAGAGUGUACGAAGCGAGCCUGAUUUUCUAUUCCAAGUGUCCAGCGAAGAAGAACAUCGCUUCAUUAAGGCACUUUACAUUUGGCAAUUGGGUUGCAACCUCUUCCCCCGAAGAAUCAAAGCACCCGGCUUUUUAGACUUCCAGGCGAUGAUGUUCAACAUGGUGCAGGAAGGAUUUUGGACAACAUUCGCGCCAUGGGAGCACCAACAGGUCCGGUGUGUCCAAGAGAUGAUGUAUGAGCAUCUCAGGGAUGUCGUGUUCCGUGAAUCCGGUCGGACCUCUUCGGACGCAAAUAUCGGCAAGGUCCCUAAAGGGUUCGUUUACCAAUAUAUGAUCGAAGAAGGACUUCAAGGUAUCCGAAAGCACGAAGUCCAAGGGACAACGGUGAGAUCCUUGCUUUAUAUCGGCCUGUACAAUUUUGAAGGUACAACAACUCAUCUAGGGAGACUCAAUUCCCUGGGGCGGCAUUUUGAGGAACCCGUGGGUUGGUUUUCGGAGAGCGAUGAACCGUGGAUGAACGUCGACCGAGCCACGAAGACCGUUAGCCUUGACACCCGGAACAUCAUAUCGGCAUUUCACGAUACUGAUAGUGAUUCCGGUCCCCUCGAUGCUUGGCUUUACACACUUCUCCUGAAGCGCAUUGGCGACGACCCGAUCUUUAGCACUCACGCCACGGCGCCAUUCUGGUGCGAGAAAGAUAUGAGCAAGUAG